AUGUAUGGCGAGAGCGUCGCCGCCGCCUGCCCCAAGGCACCGGUCGGCGCGCAGAAAUGCCGCGCACACAUGGCCCUAGUGGGGGCCUUUCUGAUUCAUCUGACCCUCGGCAGUCUACACGCCUUCGGGAACAUCGCACCUCUGAUCAUCGCCUACAUGCGUUUGCUGCAGCCGACGUCAUCUCUUCGUUACCACGAUGGUCUUAUCCUCUACGUCUCCGCAGUGCUGGUGCAGGGCAUUGCCGGCUUCUUUGGGGGGAGGCUGCACAGGACUCUGGGCCCCUCGAAGGCAACUCUUUUGGGGGGUUCUGUGAUGAGCAUUGGCCUUGUUAUGUCUGCCCUGACGCUGCAUAGUUGUUUCCUUUUCUGUCUCUCCUUCGGCGUCGUCACAGCCAUAGGCAGUGGCCUCUGCUACCCCGUUGUGAUGAGUCCUUUUAUGGUUAGUUGCGUGAUCUUCCUGGGCCGGAGCUUGUCGGUGUGUCUGCUGUGCCCCAUGCAUUCUUUGUUUCUCUUCCGCACCGCUCAGCCCUCCUUGUUGGCAUUUGUUGCGCCGCUAGGAGGCGCCGAUGGGACGUCGGUAGCUCCGGAGGUCUAUGUGUCUAACGCAGAAGUGCUGCAGCGGCUUCCUGCGCUAUCGGUAGCUCCGGAGGUCUAUGUGUCUAACGCAGAAGUGCUGCAGCGGCUUCCUGCGCUCUUUUUGUUGAUGGCUGGGGGGUGCCUGGUAUUGCAGGCAGUGGGAGCGGCGCUGCUUUCCGACCCACCUCCUCUACCGAUGGACUCGCACGAACGGAGGAAGCUGAUUGAAGAAAUCCGAUAUAUUCUAAUCGCAUUUUAG